CACCAAAUGUGUGUGUGCGCGCGUGUGCGUGUGUCUCUGUGUAGUUUACUGUUUACAGUACACAGGAAGGAGAUAUGGAGAGAUCAUGUAGCAAAUGCGCAUCCAGGAAUUUUCCACCCACAAUAUUUUCAAUAAGACAUAAACUGAUAUGAUAUCCGAAAAUUUCCGAAAUAACGACAUCAGUAUUGACGUCAUGCAAUGAGUCGAGAAUAAGCCCCCCCUCCCCCCCCAGCGGUGGAAUGGAGCAGCCAUGAAUGGGGAGGCCCGCCCCAGCAGCCCCGACCCGUCGUCCGGCCCGCUGCCCGACUGGAAGGAGUUCUGCGAGGUGCACGCCCGCGCCUCCGCCUCCGACUUCGCCGACAAGUUCCGCCGCUUCCUGAGCGAGAACCCCAGCUACGACUCGCCGGGCGCCGACGCCUCCUUCUCCCGCCACUUCGCCCGCCACUUCCUGGAGUGCUUCUCGGCGGCGCUCAGCCAGGACCACGCCCCCAGCAUCGUGCCUUUCGCCGGCCUCCAGAGCUGCCCGCUCCCCUACGGCCACGACCUCUACCUCCGGCGGCGGGGCGGCGGCGGCGGCGGCGGCACGGCGGGGGCGUCCAGCGAGUCCCUGGACAGCGCCGACAGCGGGCCGGGGAGCGGCAGCCCCAGGGCGGGGCCGGCGGCGGGCCGCAGGGCGGGGCCCCUGGGCCACUCGCGCAGCUCGGAGGACGUGUCGGCGAGCCGGCUCAACCCCAAGGCGCGCUUCAAGAAGGGCUUCUCGCUGCGCAACAUGAGCCUGUGCGUGGUGGACGGCGUGCGCGAGAUCUGGCACCGCCGCGCCUCGCCCGAGCCCGACGCCGGCCGCCGGCCCGACGGGGAGCUGGCCGACAAGCGUCCGCGCCGCCCGCGCCUCUCCCGGGGCACCCUGGGACGGCGGGCCGAGCCGCCGGAGGUCCAGAGGGAGGGCGCCCUGCGCUACAUGGUGGCGGAUGACACCACCUGCAUGGGCGGCUCCCAGUGGCAGAAGUGCCGCCUGCUGCUGAGGAAGGUGGGGGGGCCGCGGCCCGAGGGGGAGCGCUUCCUGCUGGAGUUCUACGUGCCCCCCAAGUCCUCCAAACCCAAAGUGAGCAUUCCUCUGUCUGCAGUCGUGGAGGUGAGAACCACAAUGCCUCUGGAGAUGCCCGACAAGGACAACACCUUCGUGCUCAAGGUAGAAAACGGUGAAGAAUAUAUCUUGGAGACCAUUGACUCGCUGCAGAAACAUUCUUGGGUAGCAGACAUUCAGGAUUGCAUUGACCCUGGUCUGACGCACAGUGCCUGCCUGUCUGUGUGUCGGUGUGGCAGGGACAGCGGAGAUGACAUCGAGCUGAGCUCCUUCCCCCUCGGCCCGCAGCCCCGGGAGUUCCCCAUGGUCUCCUCCUGCAGCUGUGAGCUCCUGUCUGAGGGUUUCCAUAGAGUCCCUGCUAGUGUUACGGGAGCCGGGCUCUACAGCGCCACCUUUGGCCGCUGCCGGGAGUCCGCCCCCACCGAGCACCCGUCGCACGUCCUUUUAGAGCGCUUCCUGUCGCUGGACACCCCUGGACCUGGAGCAGGUGGCCAUGGCGACGGCCCAGAGGAGACGGGCGCGGACGGCGGCCUGAGCGGGUACCCGUGGUUCCACGGCACGCUGUCGCGGGUGCGGGCGGCCCAGCUGGUGCUGGCGGGCGGGGCGCGCAGCCACGGCCUCUUCGUGAUUCGGCAGAGCGAGACGCGCCCGGGGGAGUACGUCCUCACCUUCAACUUCCAGGGCAAGGCCAAGCACCUUCGGCUGUCCGUCAAUGACAACGGCCAGUGCCACGUGCACCACCUGUGGUUCCAGACGGUGUCCGACAUGCUGCGCCACUUCCACACCCACCCCAUCCCGCUGGAGUCCGGGGGGUCCACUGACAUCACGCUGCACAGCUACGUCCAGGCCCCGCCCACUCCGCCAGAGCCAGGUGUGCCUCAGCUCCCUGCCCCCUCCAGAGACGCUGGUUGCCGGGGCGACCCUCCCCAAUCCGUGCACUAUUUCCCCGGGGGCCUUACGCCGGCCCCGCCGCCUUCCGACGGCCCCGCCUCCUCCGGCUCCUCCCCCUCCCCCGCCGCCCCGCCGACCCUCGGCCGGAGCGAGCCGGCGUUGGCGGGCGGAGGGGGGCUGCGGAGCCGGAGCAACAGCUCGGAGCGCCUGCUGGGGCCCCCUAGUGGCGCCCCGGAGGAUUACCACGAGAACGAGGGCGCCCGGAGGACCAGGGCAGUGGAGAACCAGUAUUCCUUCUACUGAAGCCAGGCUGGACCCAGCAGCCCCCGGUCCGAGAUACAGGAAGCACACAGAAGUAUGACUGUCCAGGGUUAUAGAUCGCAAGGGGAGUAUUUCGGAAGGAUCUAACAAAAAAUGUCUCAUUCGUUUCAAGGUUGUAUUUUAAUACAGAUUGAACUUGUCUUAAUCCUCUUCGUGGUUUUUUGCUGAAGGUGGUCAUUGAAAAUAAAUGAUUAACACUGUGGACUGUCCACAACAUUAUUGGAAUUCUAUAAUGGUUUGUCCAAAAGCUUAAACUUAAAAAGCUCUUAAAACGCUUAGGGAGGAUUUUAAAAACACAUUUAAACAGGUAAUAUAUACACAUAAUAGUUAAAGAAGCUGACGGGAUUAGGUUUGAGUAACUUUGAAUCAGACAAAUUUUAUCAGGAGAACAUAAUAGAUAUUUGGGUCUCUAUGACAACGAGGUACAAGUGAAACUAUGUCCAUUAACUUAUUUUCCUGCCAGUUUGAAAAUAGAAUACUCUGGCUAACUGACUCUUCUUCUGGAGAGUCUAAGCAGAGCACUUUGAAUUUACAAACAGAAAGCAGAUUAUGAACAACCGUAGUGUGCACCAGUACUCGUGUAGUGUGAUUUAUGACUGCACCCUUUGUCUCCUAUGGACGCCGCCUUUGAUGGUGUGGGAUUCAGUCUCUGGGGAGUUUGAGGGCGGAAAAGGGGGAAAUGGUCUGGUGAAUUCCCACAUUAAUUCACCCGGCCGCUUCCUUCUUUAGCUUUUCCAAAACAUUUUUGGGGCGGAGGGAGAGGGGAACUUGUCGUCCAUACUGAGCGAACGGUUAAAUGACUUCGUAAUGUUUUUUUUUUUAUUUUCAAAAAUGAAUUCUCUGGUGCAUUUACAUGUAUGUGAGAAGCUGCUGACUAAAUGAGUCUGGACGUUGGUCUGACCCUACGAGUCUUUCCACUGAUGGAUGAGCGAAGCAGAAUGGAAAUACAGCAGCUUCAACCUUGCUGUAUUUUCUUCCAGUUCUCUUAUUUUAAAUCACAACCGUAACUGAAUUUUAUUGAACAGUUGAGUCUGCUUUGGCUUGUUGCUAACGUAACAAAACAUUUGUACGGUAAAAAAGUGGUCAGCCAACGUGAGAUACCAGAAGGUAUCAUGAACUAGACUAAGAUAGAGGCUAAGAUAAAGGUUAAUGCUUAACUACAACAAAUACAGGGUGAAUUUCCUUGGUGCUCUUUUGGUCAAUGUGUACAGUAUGUUUUGUGGUGACAUUUUAGAGUUUCAGAGUUUUAUGUACUUUAUAAGUUUGCACUCAGCAUAUGCCACCAUUUUACUAAUGAAGGCGGUAUACCCAAACAGAACGCAAAUGAGAAACCUUCAGUGUGGAUCUUCAAGGAAUGUAGUUGGAUUAGUUUUAAUCAACGCACCUGUUUUUAAUUUAACCGCCAAAAUGGGAACGCAGUCCAAUUCAAUUUUCUCUUCAUCUUGCAAUGUUCUCUUUGUCUACGUAGGUUUUGCACAGGUACACUUUAGCUUUAGAUCAGAAAAAGGAUUCCCAGCAGCUAAAGAAAUGAUUCUGCCCUUGACCUUUCUUUGUAUCUAAAAUGCUUCUGUUAAGACUUUAUUUGAUUGAAGCCACCAUGGUAAAUUGUGUAAUGGUGAAGGUUUCGGUUGCAUGUCAUCAGAGGUGGAAAAUCCAGGUUCAGAAAGUAAAAAUUCUCCCCAGUAUUUUGUUUCAGUCACCUAGAUGUGCUAAUUAGCACAAGUCUUCAGCCAGGAGAUAGAACUAAUUAGUGACAUGAGCUGGCUGAGUUCAUGGAUGGAAGAAACACAUGGCAGGACUUUCUGCCCGGUGACCCCUGACUUUCUGACCCCUGAACUUUCCACCGCUGCAUGUUAUCAUUCUCCAGGGGGGACCCUGGAGGGAUUAGGAUGAUAUAAGAGAGCAUACAGUACUGUAAUACACCUCCUGAGGUUUGGGGAAACUGCAUUUCUUCAUUCAAUCUUUAUGAAAUCUUUUAGUAAACUGCCCCUGAGCCAACUGUACUUUAUAGAACAUCUUAGAGGACUUCUACAUUUAUUUUUGCAAUACUGUAUGCAUCACCUUUAAAAAUGCCAACCAAAUAUGUGUGUAUUGUUCGGAUGAGCUUAGUAAUAUGUAAGUGACACCCCUAUGAACCGAAAUCCUCUUUCUUUGAUGAUUUAGUGAUUGUACAAUAAUAGACUAAGCUGAUAUAGAAAUAUGUAUGAUAGCCCAGUUUAAUGUUUACAUACAAUGGCAUGUUCUUUUAAAGGACAUCAAUGCACAACUUGUGUCCUUAUAUGGAAACAUUGUCAUGAUUGCUAGUUGGGCCUUAUUGCAAUCUUAUUAAUAUGGAAAACAUCAAGUCACCUGUGUUAGGCUGAGAACAAAGAGCAUCUUGGGUAGUCAGAAAUGUUGCUAAAUCUUCCAAAUGUGUUUAUACUGUAUGUAAAAUGGCAAAUUAAAGUCCUGUAGAAGGUAGAAUCUGGUGAGGUUAUUUUUUAGUUUUUUUUUUUUUUACAUAGAGACAUUGACUGUAGUUAUUCGUGCCCUUGAGUCUAUGCACCAUGCAGUACUGCUUGGGACAGCAGCAUGAACAUUUGUGAUAUCUGUGGUUUAACUCACAUCUCUGAUAACAGUUAAAUUUUUCCUGUAAUGUGCUCUGUGGCCAAUAAUACUGCUAAAAAAGAAGUAGCGUUUCUUUAAGUCUAACAUAUACUUCAGUGAUAUUCCUCACCCAAAAUGUUUUAAAAAGUGCAGAUACCUGCCCAAGCACCAGCAUCUUUAAAAUGAAGUUGUUUUGAGACAAGCUGUCCUUCUGUUAAAAUUGGUACGAAACCGUAGAAAUGAUUUAGGUGUGGGCCUCAGGACCAAGGUUUGGAAGCCCUCAAUGGGACAAGGCCAAAAACUGUCCUGAUAGCUGUUAACCACUCACAUAUUUGUCCUCAUUCACAGAUGCACUUAAAUGUCAAGACGGACGACUAGCCCACAUACUGGUCAUUAUGUUUCCAUGGCUGGGCCCUCGCUCCCAUUUGGUGUUCUCCUCAAGGUGUUUUAUUAUGUAACUGUUGUACAAAGAGUAUUUACACUCACGGCGCCCAAUGGGAAAGAUCCCAGCUGACACAAAACGUUCUCACAAUGUUGCUGCAAUGUUGUGGCGAUGUCGUAACAUUUACAUUUAGCUGGGAUGUCUGUGAGUGACGCAGGCAAACAGGGUCUUUUUGAUAUUUCCCGCCCCACAUCCUAUUCCCUUUAAUCUCUACCACAAAGUGGGUACCGCGUAUGAUCGAAGACCUCCCCUAGAAGGCUGACACAGGGUGCCUGCGGGUCAAGAUUAGGAUUGGCUUGUUUGCUGUUGACUCAGUGGUUGGUAAAUGGGGGGGGGGCUGUACCUACCCGGGGUGCCACGGUUCUCCUUCCCAAACUCGGUUCACAAGCUCAUGUUGGCGCCGAAGAGCAGUUUGGAGUCUUCUCAGUUGUCGUAUGCACAGCUCACAGAGUGCACCACCAGUAAAAUGGCCACCCUGGGGAACGGGUACAGGUUUAGUACAACGUACACGUGCCAAUGUUUGUAAAACCUUGUAUUUUUAGAUUGUUUAUUUCUUAACUAUUGUAUAUGUCUCCUGACAUGGACUUAUUUAUUGGGGGGGGGGAAGGGGGUUGUGUGUGUGUGUGUUUUAUACACAAAGCGCUUGUAAACACAAGGGGCCCUUUACUGGAAAUUUAAGCCUGUUCACACAAGAAGCUUUACCAUGGAGGGAAACGUGUUUUCUUUUCAGACUUUCAAGUCAUUUAUCUCCUCUGUUCUUGUUUAAGCAUUUGUUUUCUAUGUCUUUUUUUAAAUUGCUGAACUUAUUUUGUUGUGUUGCUCACAUUUUGAUGAGUCUGUCCACUUUUGUACAAAGUGAUGUUUACCCGAUGUACUACUUUAUAUUUGUGUGAAUAAAAUCGGUGAACAACAUGCUUUAAA